AUGUAUAGACGCAUUUCACACAACGUAAAAGAAUUGUCUCGACAAAUAGUAUAUGUUCCUAAACACAAGCCUCCGAACAAUGAAGACAUUAACAUUUUGAAAGAUUUUAUUACCCAACAUAAAAAGAUUCUUAUUCUGACUGGUGCCGGCAUUUCUACAGAAUCAGGUAUACCAGACUACCGGUCAGAAGAAGUUGGGUUGUAUGCCCGUAGUAACCAUAAACCCGUUCAAUACCAAGAGUUUGUGAAAUACCCUAAAGUUAGACAACGAUACUGGGCUCGAAACUUUGUAGGGUGGCCGAGAUUUAGUUCUGUUCAACCAAAUGCUACACAUUUUGCAAUUCGUGAUUUGGAAAAGUGUGGUAAAGUAACUUCUAUAGUGACACAAAAUGUAGACCGCCUACAUCAGAAAGCAGGUUCUAAUAAUGUAAUAGAACUUCAUGGGAGUGGAUAUAUCGUAAAAUGUUUAAAUUGUCCAUAUGAAGUUAAUAGAGAUGAUCUGCAGGUAGAACUUCUACAGAAAAAUCCUGAUUUGACAAGUGAUUUCUUCAUGAUAAGGCCCGAUGGAGAUGUGGAGUUAUCUAAAGAACAAGAAGAAAGGUUUAAGUCACCUCUAUGUCCAGACUGUGAAGGACCUCUAAAACCUGACAUUGUGUUCUUUGGUGAUAAUGUUCCAAAAACAAGAGUGAACCUAGUCAAAAGUCAAGUAACAUCUAGUGAUGGUUUAAAAGUAGGGAUACAAAACUGGUUACAAUUUAAAAAAAAGGUUCAAUUUUCGCUUUCCUGCAGGUAA